AUGUUGGAGACAGUGCAACCGGGUCUGGGUGCGGCGCCUCUCAAGGGCGCGACGGUGGAGGUGCACUACGAGGGCCGACUCGCCGCGACGGGCGCGCCCUUCGACUCGUCGCGCUCGCGCGGCAAGCCGUUCAAGUUCACGCUGGGUGAUGGCCGCGUGAUCGGCGGCUGGGAGGUGGGCGUCGCAGCGAUGGCGCCGGGCGAGCGAGCGACGCUGACCUGCUCGCCGCAGUACGCGUACGGCGCAAAGGGCAUCCCCCCGCUCAUCCCGCCCGACUCGACCCUCCUCUUUGACGUGGAGCUGCUGAGUGUCGAGCAGCCAGCCGCCAGCGGCGGCACGUUCGCCGCUGACAACGCGGGCGUGCCGCGCACGCCGGCCGACAUCCAGCGGGCGUACGAGGAGCGGAUGGCAGCAAAGCCCGCCGCCAAGGAGGGCCUCGCCGCGGCGGUCGAGUGGCUCAAGGGCGUUUACAUCUUCGGCUUCUUCUCGGGCAAGGAGGAGCGGCCGCCCUGGUACCUCAAUCCGCUGAUCACCUUCCCUGGCAUCUUCGUGGUGGUCGGCCUUGGAUUCUACCUCGUCGUCGAGCUGGGCGGGGUGCACCGCGGGGAGGUUGCUGCGAGCGGCGAUGAUCUCGCCGCUUUCAUUGAUGUCGAGAGCCUGAAGCAAUGA